AGAUCUAAUUCUUCCUUAAACUUGCCUUCGAGCCUCGGUAUUUGUGAAAUGAGUGAGGAGCGUAUCGAGAGGCUGGUGCGCACAUGGAUAGCUACUGAACAGCAAGAGGAGGUUGAUGCCGCUGUCGCUGAAUUGUCGAGCGGAAACGCUUCUUUACUUCCAUUAGUGAAGGCACUGGGUGAAUACCUGACUUCCGAAGAAGAUGAUCAAAGAACAAAGGGAGUCGAAUUCCUAUCUUCUGUCCUGGCUCGUUUCCCCCGAGAGAAGUUGAAUCGUCAAUCUGUGCGCGUCUUGGUAACAUUCUACUGCGGCAAACUUGAAGAUACCGAAACGAUUAUACCAGCCUUGAAGGGACUCGUGGCUCUAGUUGCAGCUCCAACCUUCACUUCGACGGAUGCGGUUGAGGUUGUGAGAGCGCUCUUCCGACAUGUGAAGAUGAAAGUGCUUAUCCAAGCCCAACGCUUUCUUGUAUUCACCAUCAUUGACACGCUGCUUGCGAACCACCGCGAGGCUUUCAAAGGAAUGGUUAAGGAGUUCCUAGACGGAUACAUCGCAAUAGCAGAGGGUGAGAAAGAUCCUCGGAAUCUCCUACUGGCGUUUGCUAUUGCGCGAGUGAUAUUGAUCGAGUUUGAUAUCUCUGCUCAUGUUGAGGACCUUUUCAAUAUUACGUUCUGCUAUUUCCCAAUAACAUUCAGGCCACCGCCGGAUGAUCCAUAUGGUAUAACUUCCGAUGAUCUGAAGAAUGCGCUUCGUGCUUGUCUUAAUGCUACGCCUUCAUUUGGGCCCUGGGCGAUACCCCUUUUCUUGGAGAAGGUAACGGCAGGGUCACCUGUCACAAAGCGAGAUACACUUCAAACCCUGGAUGCGUGUCUACCAGUGUACGGCGCGUCAAUGGCACGCACGCAUGCUCGAAAACUAUGGAACACCCUUAAACUUGAAAUCUUCCAACCUACUGAUCCUGAGACCGAAGCAAAAGCCCUGAAGUCGACACAAAUACUAAUUCAAACUAUAUAUGCUAAUGGCGCUGACGGCGAUAGCCAAGAGAUCGAGGGAUUAGCAAAAGAAGCUUGCGAGGAAUGCCUACGCAUUCUCAAAGAGCCCGAAAAGAGUCAAGCUAAGCCUGCGACCAAGGUCUUAUGUGCUUUCAUGUCCACCACUCCUUCCGUCGCCCGAUUCACCUUGUCACAAGCCAUCCCUCACUUUGUCAGACUCUUUUUGGACCCAGAUGAAGCACCCAAUCGGGCACCUACCCUUAGAUUACUAUCGGACGUCGUUGCUGCUGCGCGAGACUCUACUCUCAAGGAUUUGGAAGUACUAGAUGAAGAUGAAGAAGUACCUCUCUCGCCGUACAAAGACGAAGUGCUUGGUGUCUUCAGCGUCGGGCUCAAGAACUCCGUUACUUGCAAGCACGCUCUGGAGGGAUUAAGAAACCUCGUGACAACUCAUGGAUUACUCUCUGAUGAGGAGCUUGGAUUUAUCGUGCAUAGCGUCAAUGAGAUCCUUCUAAAGGAGGGUAUGGAGGAUGACGAUAUUGGAGAAGGCAUUCUAGAACUGUUCAUAGCUAUCUCAACCACCGCUCCGCGGCAUGUCACGGAGACAACUCUACCCCUCCUCUUUAGUUCUCUUCCAGACCGCGCUCCUCCUCGAUCAGCGGAUGCAGACAGACUCAGAGUUUGGCAUAUUCUGGCUUUCCUCAAGAAACUAUGCAUCCAAUCCGACUUGUUCGAGAUGUUCGUAGUCCGAUUAUCAACUAAACUGGAUUUGGUCUGUACACCUCGAACAGCCGCUGAGGGAGAAGAAUCCGAUGUCGAGCCUUCUGCUGCUUACGCACACUCCAUUUUGCGAACGUUGGCAGACGUCCUUGCCAUCAAAGUGGAUAAGGAGCAUCCAGAUGUCGCGAAGUACAUCGAUCGGUUGCUUCCUCGGUUAUAUCACCUGCAUAUAUACUCGGCGUUGUCUGCGGAAGAAAGUCAAGCGAUUGCUACUGAUGAACGCUUGGUCGCUGUCUCUGCCGAGAUCAUUACUUUGAUUAUGCAGGUCCAGACUGCACAGAAGCAAGACGCUUUCAUACAGAGUUUGUUUGCAGCAUAUUUCGAAGGGCAAGCGAGCCAGAUUGCAGAUGGUCAACCGAAGUUGCCGGCUGACAACUCGUUCAAGCCAUUUGAACCUCAAGUGGAUCCUUUACAGAAACACCUUGUCCCUUUGUUCUCUGCUGCAGUCGUUGCACUUCGGAAAGAGGUUGCUUUUCCAACUGAGAACGAGGGAACUGUACUUCACUCGCUGCUACUAUGGAGCCUUGAUGAAGCCCAAACUUCACUACAGAGGGAUGCAUGUAAUCAUGCCAUUGGGUCAGUUGUGAACAAGAGGGCAGAAGGACUAUCAUCGUUCCUGUCCGAGGAGUUGGACACCUUCUGGUCUGCGAACAUCGCGGAUACAUCGGUUCCAGCAGAACGUCGUCGUAAUGCAAUCUCAGCAUGGAUCUGGAUUGCCAAAGCUCUGCUAAUUCGCAGGCACAGUACCGCGAUGUCAUAUGCGGAACGUUUAUUCGUCUUGUUCGAUGACACUGAAGUUAGCUGGGACGCAGCUAGGGCAAUUGGUCAGAUCGUCCGAGCCGACAAGGUGCUCACGAAGAGAAACCACGCGGUGAUCAAGAUUUUGUAUGCGCAAAAGUUCUUUAAUGCGUUACUCCCUAGGAUUGUGGAAGGCGCGAAAGCCCCGGGUGAUCCUCGCCGACAAAAUGCCUACUUGGUGGCGCUCACCUCCCUAAUCAAAGCAAUCCCUAAGACGACAUAUGCUCACGAGCUGCCGACGCUGAUGCCUCUGCUUCUUCGGGGCUUGGAGCUGCCAGAUCCAGAGAUACGAGCGAAUGUCAUUGACACCUUCCUCGUGACGGCAGACCCAGAUGCGAAGGAGAAGAGUGCCAUCUCAGAACAUGCCACUAGCUUAGUGCACACUAUGCUGAAGAAUAGUAUGGUUUCUCAGCAGCCAUCCGUGCGUUUGAGGGUAUCCGCUUUGCGGUAUUUGGCAAAGUUACCAAGCCUGGUCCGAUACGAUGUGCUGCAUCCUCAGAAGGCAACCGUCGUGCGCGAGCUAGCGAAGGCUCUGGAUGACCCAAAGAAAGCCGUUAGGAAGGAGGCAGUGGAAGCACGGACGAACUGGUUCAAGUUCUCAGGUUAAGUCGCUGAGGGUCUAUCUGUUGCAAAUGAAAAGGAACUCGAAGUCUAGGAUGCAAGUGAAUAUAAGUACAGCCGAUGAAACAUUGAACAUGCAAAAGUGAAGGAACUGUAGUUUAGAUGUAUUAGAUCCUCUGGUAUACACUGUAUGGAAGCAAUUUCCAAGCG